AUGACCAAACCUGCACCGAUCGCCAUUGUCGGCGGUGGUCCAUGUGGCCUCACAUUUGCACGUCUUCUAGAGACUGUCGGAAUUGACUACGUUGUAUUCGAGCGUGACGCCUCACCGAAAGGGACAUCAUUAUUCCAAGGUGGCACCCUCGACCUACACGCCGCGACAGGCCAAGAAGCCCUCCGCCGCGCGGGCCUGACAGAAGAGUUCGAAAAGCUGGCUCGUCGAGACGCAAUGACCCUGACAGUGCAGACCUGCCACGGUAACCUCCGCACAACUAUUGGUGAGGGCCACGACGCCCCUGAAAUCGACCGUUUGCAGCUACGACAGCUCCUUCUCAACUCCCUCCCAGCGCAUCGCAUCCGCUGGAACAAGCCCCUCCACAGCAUUAAACACAAUUCCAACAACCAACCCACAUCUGCCGCAGACUGGCAACUUCAUUUUGCCGACGGCUCCACAGAAACCGGAUUCCGACUCAUAGUCGGUGCCGACGGUGCAUGGAGCAAGGUCCGCCCACUGAUCACCUCCUCAACCCCCCAAUACUCCGGUAAAAUGUUCAUCGAAGGCCGCAUCUCCCAGGGAAAUCCCCAAUACGCCGCGGCACAGGACAUGGUCGGUGCCGGCAACUCCCUCGCCACAGGCAAGAACUGCGUCCUGUGCAUCCAGCAAAUGUCCGACCGGUCUUAUCGUGUGUAUAUGGGCCUCAAGGUCCCAUCAACAUUUACCCGACCAGGCGGCGAUGCGGACCUAACCGAUCCUGAGAAGGCGCGCAAAGCUGUGCUGGAAUUCUACGCCGACUGGGCACCACAUUUGCGUGCGUUCAUCGAGGCAGCAGAAGGGCCGUGGCGACCGUGGCCGCUGAACCGACUUGAUCCGGAUAUUUUCCUCGAGGGGAGUCCAGAUUGGAGGCAUGUCCCGGGAGUGACUCUCCUAGGUGACGCAGCGCAUUUGGCAAUGCCAAACGGAGAGGGCGUGAACAUGGCUAUGUUUGAUGCAUUGGUAUUAUUCGAUUCUAUUAUCGCUGAGACACAAAAGGGAGAGAGUGACGCGGUUGCACUGGACCGCGCUAUCAACAGCUACGAAGCGGAAAUGCGUCCCCGGGGCCGAGAGUCGAUUCUCGACUCGAUCAACAUGGAGGAGAUGAUGUAUGUGGAGGAUGGAGCGGCGCAGAUGCUCGCCAUGAUUAAUCCAGAUGCUCAGCCGUGA